AUGUCUCAGCCCAAGAAACGCGCAGAGACCCUCAUGUUCAGCCAGGACGCGGUCAUCUCACAACGGGACGGGAAGCUCUGCCUCAUGUUUAGGGUCGGAAAUCUCAGGAAUAGCCACAUGGUGUCGGCGCAGAUCAGGUGCAAGCUCAUCAAGUCUCGUCAAACCCCUGAGGGAGAGUUUCUACCGCUGGAUCAGCGGGAAUUGGAUGUGGGAUUUGGAACGGGUGCUGACCAACUCUUUCUUGUCUCACCUCUCACAAUAUGUCAUGAGAUCAAUUCCAAUAGCCCCUUUUUCGACCUGUCUCAGCGCUCCCUCAUGAAUGAACAGUUUGAGAUCGUCGUCAUCCUAGAAGGCAUUGUGGAAACUACAGGCAUGACAUGCCAGGCUCGAACUUCCUACACAGAGGAUGAAGUUUUGUGGGGUCACCGCUUCCUACCUGUCAUGUCGCUGGAGGAGGGAUUCUUCAGGGUGGACUACUCUCAGUUUCACAACACGUUUGAGGUGCCUACUCCUCCAUACAGUGUGAAAGAGCAAGAUGAAAAGUCCUCCCUGCCCUCCCCUGGUCCUGUACUGUCGCCCACGUUGCCUGGCGAUCAUAGUCGCAGAGAGCGCAUCUUUUCUUUAGAUGGGGUUCCUCACACCGAUGAAUCCAUGUCCAGAUUACCCAGUAAGUUCCAGCGUAUGAGCUCCAAGAAUGGAAAAGAAGUCCUCAAAACUGGAAGCUCGCAGGCACCAGAAAAGGCAUCGAGCACAGGUGACCUGCCCCUCAGGGUGCUCGGGUCCCUUGUCGGUCAAGCAGAUGUGGAAAAUCAUCUCCAGCUCAAACUUCUAAAGCUGGGUUCAGAGGCCCACACCCAGUCGGCAGGAGAACUGGAGCAUCACAGACUGAUCCCAAUACCUGCUCCGGUCCCAGGGCCAAGCCUUAAUCCAUUGCCUGCAUCCAGUGCCCGACCAGAGGACAACCUCCCCCCAAAAUUACGCAGAAUGAAUGCAGACCACUGA